AUGACAUACCCACUCCCCUUUGUUGCCGCUGUGGUUGCAGACCUGAACAAGGAGAAUAUCCCUAUCGUCGAGUAUGGGGAUUUGUUGAAUGCGCGGUUUGGGUAUCCAGUUUGCAUAAACACCAUUAGAUGGGCAAUACCUGACUCAGAGGUAUCUCGAGUAUCUAAAAUCCUCCUGGAGCAUAAUAUACCGAAAGGUGGCAUUAUUGCACAUUAUGCUCGGUCAUAUGGCAAGUGGGAGACAGCGGGAGAGAUGCACAAACACGGGAGUACCAGAAUCCAACUCAUACCUCUUUCAACCUUGCACUUGUCUCUUGAAGACUGUGAGGAAGUAACUUCGACCUUCAGCUUACAACAGAAGGCGCUUAUCCCAAAGCCACAGCCGUAUCUUAUAUCAUUGAUUCGCAUUUUACAGUCUCUGCCGCUUGGGCUUCCCCGAGUUCCUAUAAUUGCUGAUACGGCGCUUUUUCUCGACUAUUGUGUUUUUCCGAGGCUACCGGAUGAUGAAGAUGAAGAAAGUGAAAGCGAAGAGCAUUUUCAGCAACGGGUCGAGCAAGCGUUGUCACUUGUUCGCCAGUGGGAUUGGAGGCCCGAGGAUGCGGAAUACUUUGAUCUUUCUGAGCAAAUAAUCCGCAACUGCCAAUUACUCUAUACCCUGAAGGCCUGA